AUGAGUUCGAGGCCAAAGCGUUCGACUCGCAGUGCUAACACAUCAGCGGCCGCUCUUGAGGCUGAACCUCGUGCUGAACGUGAACUGAGGGACAAGAAGAGCAAGAAGAGUUCAAGGAAACGGAAGAGAAAUGAUUCUGAAGAAGAUUGUAGGUUUUAUCUUUUAUUUUCGUGUUUUAGGUAUCAAUUAAAGUGUGAGGAAGAUCUUUUGUUGAUUGAGUUUUUUUACACAUAAAACAAGUUUCAUUACAUUAGCUACUUUGUUGUAAAUGACUUAUUCUACUGUAGUCAACUAUAAAAUGUUGCAGUUAACGCUGACAGCGAAGAAGAGUUUGAAAAACUGAUGCAAAGAGCGGAGGAAGAGGAAGAUGAAAGGCUAGCCAAGAAAAAGAAGAAGAAGGAAGACAAACUGAAACGAGAACAACAGUUUCAAGAAGAUCAUCAAGACUUUUGUGACAUAUGUCAACAGGGGGGUGAAAUUAUUUUGUGCGACGGAUGCCCGAAGGCCUACCACAAGAUCUGCUUGGAUGUCGAGGACAUUCCUGACGGUACUUGGUACUGUACCUCUUGUGUUGAGAAUGGUGUUCCUGAUCAAGAUAGUAAUGGGAAGAAAGAGAAAGAUCAGCCACCAGGCAACAUGGAUAACUGUUUGAUCUGCAAGGUAAGGUUUGAUUAGAUUUUUUGAAUUUAGGGGAGAGUAAAUGGGAUUAGUGGUUCUAAAUUAGAAAAAUACAUACUAAAAUUUACUUAUUUAUUUUUAGGAAGGUGGCUUUCUUUUAUGCUGUGAAUCAUGUCCUAAUUCUUACCACGCCUAUUGUUUAACUCCUCCCUUGGAGGAACUGCCUGACCAAGCCGAUCCUUGGCAUUGCCCUUUCUGUACAGUAGAGGAAACAGCUCACAAACCUCACAAAGUGAUCUCGUGGAGAUGGAAGACGAUUUCAUAUCCUGACCCCGUGGAUCCUGCUGAUCUUCCUAAGGAAGGAGAGAAUCAGGAAGAUAUUGAUGAAGAGCGGAUGAAACGGCUUAUGAUGAAGCCGCCACGAAAGAUGGAACCACGCAAAGAACGUGAGCUGUUUAUAAAAUGGAAGAACUUGAGUUACUAUCACUCGACCUGGGUUCCCGAGCUUCCACUUCAAGUGCAUCAUCGUAUCUUCUUGUCUUCCUACUGGAGGUUGAAUGGAGAUGCUGAACAUCCUCCGGAGAACGACGAUGGGUCUACUGAUGCCGAGACUGGCAACGUGGCGGAUCAGGAGAAGGAAACAGACACUCAUGAUCUUGAGAAGCGCUUCUACAGGUACGGUGUGAAGCCAGAAUGGAUGCAGCCGGCUCGAAUCAUUAACCACCAUCAAGCUGGCCACAGAAUGUUCGACUACUUAAUUAAGUGGACCGAUCUGUCUUAUGACAACGCGACUUGGGAAGCUGAUGACAUGGACAUUCCAAACUUCAUGAAUGUUAUCAACAAGUAUUGGACUCAUCGGUAUGUUUUUAGUGAUAAAUUUAGUUGGCUUGUUAUAAGCUUAUUUAAAAAGGGAAAAUAGAUGUAAAAGAAAAUACAUUUAUAUAGUAUUUUUGAUUAAAAGUUUUAAAAGAAGUGCUAUAAGACCGAUGAUGAGCACUGUAAAUGAAGAGAGUAUUACUACAAUAAAUGUAAAAAAUUAAUGUUAACAUACAAAAGUAAUGUUUAGCAAGCUUUUUUUACUAAUAUUGAUAAUGGUUUGAACUGGAGUGUCAGGUCUUAAAUGCUUGGACUUGACGUUUAAACUUGAACCUACAUUAAUAUUUUUAAUUUUUUAUAAAUUAUGAUUAUUUAUAAUGUCUCUGAGGUCUUCAAGUAUAUUUUUCUAAUCAUGUUUAAGGUAGUAGAUUAGAAAUGAAUAAUUUUAAUUGCUUUAACUUUAGAGAACUGAUGACAAACGAGAAGAUUCCAAAGAGUGUCUUGAAGAAGAUCGAAGCCUGGAGAGCUGAGAAUGAUAUGCCAACUUGGGAAGAGGAAAAGAAAAAGAAGAUCGACGAACGCAAAAAGAAAUACGAUGUAAGUGUGGUGGAUUCUACUGUUAAGUAAUGUCAUUCUACAUAUUUUGUUACAUUUUUACAUUGUUAUGUGAAUUUGAAGUGUACCGUCAUUUGUUUAGGGUUUGAAAGUAAAAAGUCGACUGUCAGACUCAGUACCAUGACGAAAAUUGUACUGACACUUUUUAGGUGAUUGAUUCGAAUCGGUUUGAGGUCAUUUUGGCUGUAUAAUUGAUUUUAUGUUUUGAUUACAAAGGCAGUGUCAGACAUUUCAAUCUUACUUUAAGAUUUAUUUGUUAUACAAGUAUGGUUAAUAUGGGAGGGCUUUAAAUUACAUCGGAGUAGCGAUUUAUUGAAUUUUAUUAUUUCUUUGUUUCAGAUCAGCAAAAAGUAUGAAGAACAGCCACAAUUCAUCCUCGACACCGGCGGCAAACUCCAUCCAUACCAAAUGGAAGGUAUCAACUGGCUGCGGCAUUGCUGGUCUCAAGAUAUUAACGCUAUUCUGGCUGAUGAAAUGGGUCUGGGUAAGACUGUACAAGCUUUGACUUUCUUGUACUCUUUGUACAAGGAAGGCCAUGCUGAUGGACCCUUCUUGGUCGCCGCCCCUUUGUCUACUAUCAUUAACUGGGAAAGAGAAGCUGAGUUUUGGGCUCCUGACUUCUACGUGGUCACUUACAGUGGACACAAGGAAGCAAGGGCUGUGAUUAGGGAACACGAAAUUACUUUUGAGGAUGUCAAGAGCUCGAACAAAGCCACCAAGAUCAAGGUAAUGACUAAUCUAUUGUAAAAAUUAAAUGAUUAAGCUAUUGUAAAAUUAUUGUUUUUUAAUGCUGAUACGGUAAUUUGUGCUUACUGUUGUAAUUUUAGGGUACACCAAAGUUCCACGUUCUUCUAACGUCUUACGAAUGCAUCAAUGUGGACAAGACCACUUUAUCUAACAUCAAAUGGGGCGCUUUGGUCGUAGAUGAAGCCCACAGAUUGAAGAACAGUCAAUCUUUGUUUUUCAGAAACCUGUCUGAGUACGACAUUGCUUACACUUUGUUGUUGACUGGAACUCCUCUUCAGAACAACCUGGAGGAACUUUUCCAUCUGUUAAACUUCUUGUCGCCAAAUGAGUUUACGAACUGUGAAGAGUUCACUUCGGAGUUUACUGAUAUAUCCAAGGAAGAUCAGGUGUCUAAAUUACAUUCCAUGCUCGGUCCUCACAUGCUACGUCGUCUGAAGGCGGAUGUCCUGACUGGAAUGCCUUCAAAGUCCGAGUUGAUUGUUUGUGUGGAUAUGGUUCCAUAUCAAAAGUAAGUUGAUGAUUUGUUGUAACAAUUUUUUAAAAUUAAUGGUAUUGUCGAUUGAUAAUUUGUUAUUAAAAGUAGUUCAUAGUAGAUAAAGUGGCACUAUGAAUACAGUUUUGCGAAUAUACCGUCAUUUGUUUAGGGUUUGAUAGUAAAAAGUCGACUGUCAAACUCAGUACCAUGACGAAAAUAGUAGUACUAACGCUUUUUAGAAGAAUAGUUUGCUGAUUUUAAAGUCAUUUGGCUUAAAAUUAAUUUUUUGAAUUAUUCUUAAAGGCAGUGUUGGACAUUUCUGGCAAAAAUUGUAAAUUUUAUGUUGAUUCGAACCAUUUUCAAUUAAAUUUUGUUUUAGACGCUACUACAAGAGUGUUUUGACCAAGAAUUAUGAUGCUUUGAACGUAAAAGGCGGUGGCAGAAUGGUGUCUUUGUCCAACGUUUUAAUGGAGCUGAAGAAGUGUUGUAACCAUCCUUACCUCUUCCCAAAGGCUGAAGAAGAAGCUCCGAAGACGAAGACUGGAGCUUACGAAGGAGAAGCUCUCAUCAAAAACUGUGCCAAACUGGAACUCUUGGCUAAAAUGCUGAAGAAACUAAAGGCUGGAGGACAUCGUGUUCUGAUCUUCUCUCAAAUGACCAGGCUUUUGGAUAUUCUCGAGGAAUUCUGUGAUCACUUGGGUUAUCGGUUCGAAAGAAUCGAUGGUUCUAUUACCGGCCAAUUGCGUCAGGAAUCAAUCGACAGAUUCAACGGUAUGUUUUUAUUAUGGAUUUGGUUUGGAACAACGUAUUUGACCUAUGAUGAGAGUUCUUUGAAUGAUAAUUAAAUAGAAACUUUGACAAUAUAUUAAUAUACCACAUUUUACAUUAAAGGUUUGUAAAAUGUCUAGUUAGUCAAAUAAGAUUACUUGAAUUUCGUUUUCUAAGCGGAGAACUUGGAAAAAUGUUUAAAGUUUUCAGAAACAAAAUUCAGACAAUACCAAUACGUUUAAAUGAUUCCAAAAGGCGAAUCUGAGGUCUAAAAACUAUAAAAUAAACAUUUUAUUGCCGUAACACGUUAUACGAAUUGACUCUUUUUAGCAGCCAACUCUGAACACUUUGUCUUUUUGCUGUCCACAAGAGCUGGAGGUCUUGGUAUUAACUUGGCUACAGCUGAUACUGUUAUUAUCUACGAUUCUGAUUGGAAUCCACACAAUGAUAUUCAAGCCUUCUCACGUGCCCAUCGUCUCGGCCAACGUAAUCAUGUCAUGAUCUACCGUUUUGUCACCAGAAACUCGGUCGAAGAAAGAAUUACGACUGUGGCUAAGAAGAAGAUGUUGCUUACUCACUUGGCCAUCAGAAACAACAGCAAACAGACUCAGAUGUCCAAGUCCGAGCUGGAUGAUGUGUUGCGAUGGGGAACAGAAGAGUUGUUCAAGGAGGAAGAAGAUGAACAAAACAAGAUUGUGUGGGACGACGAAGCCGUGGAUGCUCUGCUACAAAGGGCUGGAGAAGCUGAUCCUGAGACUGGUGAGAAGAAGGACUGGGCUAACGAUUAUUUGAGUUCUUUCAAGGUAAGAUUUUAAACUUUAUUAUCUUUAAUACUUUUUUGAGUACAAAAUAGUCGUUAAUUAUUGCUACCUUUUAAUUUAACUAUGUCGUUUUAGGUUGCUCAAUACGUAACCAAGGAAAAGGACGAGAAGGAUAUCACAGAAGAAGAGGCUAAAGAAAUUCUGGAAGAAAAACCACAGGCAGAAGAUGCCGAUUAUUGGGAGCGAUUGCUUCGUCAUCACCACGAGAAUGAAGUUGAACAACAAGCUGCUCAGCUGGGCAAAGGAAAGCGUGUCAGACGUCAGGUUAACUAUGCCGCUGAUCACAUGGAUUACCGUGGCAAGAAAGACCAAGAGAACGAUGACGAUUACAACGCUUCGUCUGAUGAAGAUGGUACUGGAGAAAGUGGGCAUGGUAAGAUAAUUUUAUUAAUUAUCAAACUUUAAAAAAUGAUUUUUGAUGUUAAGAUGAAAAAUCACAGGAUUGUUAUAAUAUUUACGUUUUUAAGGUUCUGGAGACGAAGAUGAACAAAGCCUUCGUCGUAAGAAAGAAAAGGACGAGAAGUUGCCACCUCUUCUCACCAGAAGCCAGGGUCAGGUGGAAGUUUUGGGCUUUAAUCCUCGACAACGGAAGGCUUUCUUCAACGCUGUUAUGCGCUACGGAAUGCCGCCUCCAGAUGCCUACAACUCGCAAUGGCUGGUUAAGGAUCUGAAGUGCAAAUCCGAAAAGGCAUUCAAAGCAUAUGCCUCUUUGUUCAUGCGACAUUUGUGUGAGCCUGGAUCUGACCAUAUUGAGCACUUUAACGAUGGUGUUCCACGAGAAGGCCUUAACAGACAGCAUGUGCUGGCUAGAAUUGGAAUUAUGAGUUUGAUCCGCAAGAAAGUUCAGGUAAUUAUUAUGUUUUUAUAAUCAGCUUACUGUGUAUUGUGAUUGUUUGUAACAGGCAGAAUACCUGGUUCAGUAAAAUCAGAAACUGGGUAAAACUUUGAUCACAACAUAAAGCCCACUUUUGUCACUUUUUAGAUUAAAUUGCUUAUUUAAAAAGUUUUGGAGCGUGGAAACAUUAACGAUCGAUCAAAACUGUUUUUUGUUAUCUUAUUGGUUGUAACAAUUCUUUUCAGGAGUUCCAAGAAAUCAACGGGGUCUGGUCGAUACCUGAAGAAGCAGACAAACAACUUGCCGAUUGUUUGAUUACUCUUGGCCUUCAAGAAGACGAGGAAAAGGAAUCUUCAGUCCAGCCAUCCGAGAAGGAUGGAUCUCAAGAGCCAGAUGCCGUGAAGACAGAAACAAAAGAAGCCUCGGUAAAGUCAGAAGGAGAAAAUGGAGAUGAGAUGGAGGUUGAGAACAACGAGAAUGCUCCUGUCUUGAUCGAGAAGGAACCUCAAGCAAAGGAGGAGAUCUCAGAGAAUGGAGACCGUAAGAGAGCCGUAGCCCAGUUCAAAUUCAAUGUUUGUGACGGUGGAUUCACAGAGUUGCAUACUAUCUGGAAGGAAGAGGAAACCAUGUUGAAGAAGAACGGACAGGACUACGACGUUUGGAACAGAAGACACGACUACUGGUUGCUGGCUGGGUUCUCAACGUAAGUUUGAUCGCUUAUUUUUUUACUAGUAAAUAUUCUUAUAUAAUUGUUUCAAUUUGGGAAGUUUUUAAUUGCUUUUUAAUAAGAGUUUUGUUUUUAGACAUGGAUAUGGUCGCUACACCGACAUCUUCAACGAUGCCCGCUUCAGUCUGCUAAACGAAGCCUUUAAGAACGAAAAGGACAAGCCUAACUUCAAUGAGUUGAGGAUGAGGUUCGUUCAACGUCGUUACAAGUUGAUUGAACAGUCUUUAAUCAUUGAGGAACAGCUGAGACGAGCUAAUAAUAUCAGCUAUGGUCAGAAACCCAGAGAAGAGAAACCUCACGUUUUAGAAGAAGAGAAGAAAGAAGAGGUCAAGAAAGAGGAUUCUGAAGUUAAAGUUGAAGAAAAGAACGGUGAAGAUGUCAAAAAUGGAGAACCGGAAAAAGAAAAGGAAGAGUCUGAAGACAAGGAGCCGGAAACCUCCACCAAGUCUGAGGUCGAGAAAACUACAGAAGAGCUCGAGAAGAAGUAUGUCCAGAUCACGAGUUUGGCCGAUGCUAACCAAGGUCUGGCUAAGGAAGCGUUUGCCGGCAACAAGAAUGCCGCUUUGGUUCUGCAUAAGGUUCUUAGUCAACUAGAAGACAUUCUCAACGACAUGAAGGCUGACGUUAGCAGACUGCCGGCUUCUGUGGCUCAACUACCUUCAGUAGCAGAACGAUUAGAGCUUUCGGAGAGGACGUAAGUUUUAUAAAACGACUUUACCUAUAAGAAUUGAAAAUUUUUUGAUUAACAUAUCGCUUAAAUAAAAGCCUGAUUUUAUAAAUUUGUUUUUUUUUCAGGAUAUUAAACAGACUCACGACAAAAGACACUCGCGCUUAUGCAGGAGAAUCCCCUAUUCCACCUCCUGGGCCAUUUGCCACGCCUGUCCAACUAACCCGAUUCAGUGGAGUUCAGCCAAAGUUCGCAGCUCUUGUAUCUAAUCUACCAGCCCGAACCCCCAGUUACGGCUUGCCUCCAGUCAUUUCCGUGGACGAAAAGAAUAAGGAAACCAAACCCAUCGUUCCCGCUUCAAACGGUACAACUCCCACCGUGCCUGCCACUUCAGAGAACGGCACACCAGUUCCAGAAGCUAAACAAGAAAAGCCGACCGAAAACAAUAAGGAAACUUCUGUCGAUGUUAGCCAAGAAGGAUCGGUUGAAGUAAGCCAAGACCGGUCGGUGGAGAAUAGCCAAGAACGGUCGGUGGAGAACAGUCAGGAACGGUCGGUUGAAGGCAGUCAAGAACGAUCUCUAGAUGCGAGCCAAGACGAGGCUAUGGAGGAAUAA